UCGAAUCAGUGGAAGCAACUCAUAAGCUUCUAUAUUUUUCUAAAAUUCAGUAAGUUUAUACUUUAUCCCUCAAGUUACAACAAUUAACCUCUUGAACAUUAGAGCAUUCCUCGAUAUGAUUGUGGUUCAUGACGGCCUGAAUAGUCCAAGGGGGCACGACGGAACAGGUGAUGCUGGCGAAAAUCGGUCGCCUUUCCCAGACAAAUACCUCAUGCGUAAUACCCGGAUUCUCAGGGCCUCAAAUGCCCAAAUCCGCGAGGUGCCCAUGGAGGUCCUCGAAGCAGCUCAACGGGAGAUGGUCAACAUCGUGAGCCUGGAUGAUAACUUGCUGCGCGAAGUUCCCAAGGAUCUGAACCUGCUGGCCGAGCAUCUCACCCAGUUGACCCUCAACCUAAACCAGAUAUCCUACAUACCCACCAACAUCUCGCAGUACUCCAAGUUGUGGGUGCUCAAUCUUUCGGGUAAUCUGCUGUGCGAUCUGCCCAUGGAAUUGGGUGGUCUUCAGUUGCUCCGCGAACUGGAUAUCUCGCACAACCGUUUUCAGCGCCUUCCCACCUGCAUUUACGAGCUGAAGUGCCUGGAAUCCCUGUCGGCCCACGACAAUCGUAUCAAGGGCAUCGAUGCCAGCGAAAAGGGUCUCGGUGGCCUGCGGGAACUGCAUAAUCUGAAUCUGUCGAACAACGAUAUUCAGGUGGUGCCGCCAGUCCUGGGAAAUAUGAGGAAGCUCGAGAAUCUGGGGCUCUGGGGCAAUCCCUUCCGCCAGCCGCGUCACCAGAUCCUAUCGAUGGGAACCCAGGCGGUGUUAAGCUACCUGCGCACCCGCAUUCCCAUAUAAAUCG